GCGCAUGCGCAGUGUUCCGGUCGGUCUCCAUGGUGGUGUCGGCGAAAGCCAAGACGAGUACAAAUGGAGAUGGACAGCACUGAAGUGGUGACAGAUGCCCUGCCGUGCUCAACAGAUUUACUUAUAACCUGCAACAACACAGAGGUUCACUCAGCUACACAAAAUCUGGAUCUUCAGGUUUCACUAUGUCCUGACACCACAAACCAACAGCUAUCGGCCUUGACCGAGCAGUACCAUUUCAUCGAUCAACAUGGAAAUUCUAUUCAUUAUGAGAUUCAGGCACUCCCUGGAAAUAGUCAACAAAUGAUGAUCUUGACCAGCGAAUCAGAAAAUGGACAAGUGUUUCAUGUUAUUCCUUCCAGCCAAUCAGGAACAGCUCAGCUAAUUAUUCCUCAUGGGCAAAUCCAAGACUCACCGAACCCUACAGAACAGAGUAGUGACAACCUGCAGCCUGCAGCGGACACUGCUGUGCCAGUCAAUGCCGGUAACCUUAUCAUUCACACCAACUCCUCACUGGCUUUGUCAAGGUCACCAUCCAACAGAUCGCCCGUAGACCAGUUUCAAAAGCCACUGCAACCCUUGCCACCAAACAUCCCUCUAUGGGCUCGUCGGCUCCGUGGCUGUGAGAGGAUUGGAGACUCCUACCGUGGGUACUGUCUGAGUGAGGCUGAGCUGAUGAGUGUAUUAGGCCUGCACAAACAGCAAACUCAGAGCGUCUGGGGGACGCGGCAGUCACCAAGUCCAGCCAAGCCUUCUGCCCGUUUAAUGUGGAAGUCACAGUAUGUCCCAUACGAUGGAAUCCCAUUUGUCAAUGCAGGAAGCCGAGCCAUUGUGAUGGAAUGUCAAUACGGGCCGAGAAGAAAAGGAAUCCAGCCUAAAAAGACUGGAGAGAAUGAGAGUACGUCUAGCCAGAAGUACAAAGCAACAUGUCCAGCAAGAAUAUAUAUAAAAAAGGUGAAGAAAUUUCCUAAUUACAGAGUUCCCACUGAUCCAAAAAUUGACAAAAAGCUGAUUAGGAUGGAGCAGGAAAAGGCUUUUAACCUGUUAAAGAAGGACAUGAAAGAAACCGAAGGAGUUUUAAGAUGGUAUGUGCAGUUACCUGACCAGGAUGCCCAUGAGUAUCAUCACCUAGAGACAGGUUGUUUUUCUCCAUCUCCAAACUCUUUUCAAAAUCCUGCAGAGGAAGAGGAGGAUUUUCUGUGCGAGGAAAACUCUGUUCAACCCUCUAGACUGCAUUCCCGUGUGGCUGAAAAGAUACGGGAGCUGGUAGCCAGUGGGAUUUAUGAAGUUUAUUCAGUCAGAAAACAGUUACGAAAAUUUGUGGAAAGAGAGCUUUUCAAACCAGAUGACAUCCCUGAACGCCAUAAUCUUUCCUACUUUCCAACAGUGGUUGACCUAAAGAAUCACAUUCACGAGGCACAGAAGUCCCUAGGAAAUGAGGAACUCAUCUAUGAUGCAGAAGGCAACCCAGGAACACUUCAGUGGGCCACAGAAAAUGAAAAUGUUCUCAAUGAAAUGGUUACAGUUACGUUUGAAUCCCCAGUUGAAGAAGGAAACAAUUCCUUCUCUACCCCAGAAUGGCAGUCAGAUCUCUCCUUGGAUCAACAAGCUGUGAAAGCUAAACAAUCCUUAAAUAAAGUGGAAAAUCUGACCACAGAACAUACUGGUACUGACACCACUCAGCUGAUCUCAUCGCUUACCUCGAUUCAGCCUAAAAUCUUCGCACAACUGCAGGGGCUCCAACUGCAGCCACAGUUUGCAUCUGCUGAUGGGACACCUGCUCUCAUAACUGUAAACCAACCAGCUUCAACGUUUACAUCUCCUGAAGGUACCACAGCUCUAAUAGCAGUCAACCAGCCAGCCUCGUCAUUUACAACUCCUGAGGGGACAACUGCCCUGAUAACAGUGAAUCCUCCAGCCUUAGGCUCUGGUUGUCUUUUGAACCCUGGCGGAAGCAGUCAACCUGUAGUGUUUAGUCACAUGCAAAGCCAACCAGAUGAGGACUCACCUGUGUCUUCUGUCACAACCUUACCUUCUCCUGGUCACAACUUGGUCAGCAUGGGACAACUAGUGAGAGUGGAAGAUGCCACAGCAGUGGCAGGAGAAGUGCAUCAGAUUCUGCUGGGAGAGAUGCACCCCAUCCCUAUUACAAUUGUAGAGACACAACCAUCUAUUGUCGACGUCAAUUCAGCCAAUGCAUUUUUCACAAAACACAUUGAAGAAGUUAAAGAAGAGACCCUCGAAGAGCAGCUGUCUGCCAUAGAAGAACAAACCACAGAGUGCCAGGAUCCAGCAUGAACUGUGAAAGGAUCAUUUUCCGCUUACUGUGGCCUUUACUGAAGGAGCAGAAUUAAUGAGCCCUCAUAUUGAGGGUAAACUUAAGCAUGGAUGAUAAAAUGUGAUGAUCCAAAAUUUGGAUGUAUUUCAAUAUACUCGACUGUGGCUGCAUUGUUCUCUACAACUGGCUACAAAUCUUCUUCUUAAAUAAAGCAUGGUUAAAGAAGCCAU